UUAGUUAUUUUUGUUUUAAGAAAAAAAGUUAUUUAACCUGUUAUACUGUAUUAUUUCAAUACCGUGAUAAUACCAUAUACCAUGAUAAAAGCAUUAUCAAUUAACCACAACAGGAAAAUUAGACACCGGCAUAUCCCUAAUGUAUAUGUCUCUCUGUGUGUACGUGUGUGUGUGUGUGUGUGUGUGUGAUUUCUGUCCCCCUCAAUUCUGAAAAGAUGGCUACGCCCCUGCUCCUCUCCUCUCCAGUGAAAGGGACUGAAAAUGCAGACAAAUUAACAAAAUAGGCAUUGCAAAAAGAAAUAUCAGUUCCAGUACCACUUGGAAAAGGUGAACAAAAAGCAGUAAGAAGGACUGAUAUAUGACAGAGAUGGUGGGAGGAAGACAAAGAAGGAAGGGGAUAUUAUAAAAUACUAAAGUCAGUCAGCCCUGAAAGUUAUAGAGGAAGCAACAGGCAGGGAGAAAUUAUCAUGACAAGACAGAGAGUGGAUCACACAGGACCAAACAGCACCUUGCUUUUAAUGGGGAAAAGAAAUGGGGGAAAUAGUACUGGGAUCAGAAGGAGAUGGAGAAGGCACACCAGGAAGGAAGGCAUUACAUUCCUUUAAGACACAGGGUUAAUGAGCAGAAUAUGAGAACAAUUAAAAUGAAAUGAUGUUACACACUCUUGUACAGUUGUUUGCAAUCCGUCAUUAACCAAGAGAGGAAGGGAAAAAACGGUACCUUUAUUUUGGCCGGGCGGUGUGACGUCAUAAAGCUGCGCUCCUGCAUUUGUUGUGAUUGGGCUGAAGAAAGGACAAAGAAAGAAAAACUCCUGCUGAAGAUCCACCUGACACAGUUAUAAAGAUGGAGUUUAUUAAAGAGGAGAGUAAAGACAUAAAGAUUGAAGAAACAUUCAGAGUCAAACAUGAAGAAGAUACUGAGGAACAACCAAAGAUGGAGUUUAUUAAAGAGGAGAAUGAAGACAUUAAGAUUGGAGAAGUAUUCAGUCUGAAGCAUGAAGAUACUGAGGAACAAACAGACCUGAUGACACUGAAAGUGGAGAAUCAAGAACUCGAUGAAAAGGAAGACAAUGUUCAGCAUGAGAAAUAUAAUUUCUCACAUACUGAAAAGACACAAAAUAGAGCUCAAAACACAGCGAAUAGAAGUUAUUUCUCCUUCCAACAGUGUGGGAAAAGUUUCAACAGAAAAGAAAAUCUUGAAGUCAACAUGGAAGUUCACACUGGAGAAAAGCCUUUCACCUGCCAACAGUGUGGAAAGAGUUUCAUUAAUAAAACAAACCUUAAAAGACACAUGAUAAUUCAUACUGGAGAGAAACCUAAUACAUGUUCUCAAUGUGGAAAAAGUUUUACAUAUAAACAACACCUCACUGACCACAUGAGAAUUCACACUGGAGAGAAACCUUUCACCUGCCAACAGUGUGGAAAAAGUUUCAACAGAAAAGGAACCCUUAACAACCACAUAAAACUUCACACUGGAAAGAAACCUAAUACAUGUUCUCAAUGUGGAAAAAGUUUUGCAUAUAAACCAAACCUCAUUGACCACAUGAGGAUUCACUCUGGAGAGAAACCUUUUACCUGCAAACUGUGUGGAAAGAGCUUCAUUCGAAAACCAAUCCUUAAAUACCACAUGAUAAGUCACAGUGGAGAGAAACCUUACACAUGUUCCCAAUGUGGAAAAAGUUUUACAAUUAAACAACACCUCACUGACCACAAGAGGAUUCAUACUGGAGAGAAACCUUUCACCUGCCAACAGUGUGGGAAAAGAUUCAACAGAAAAGGAACCCUUAACAACCACAUAAAACUUCACACUGGAAAGAAACCUAAUACAUGUUCUCAAUGUGGAAAAAGUUUUGCAUUUAAACCAAACCUGAUUGACCACAUGAGGAUUCACUCUGGAGAGAAACCUUUUACCUGCAAACUGUGUGGAAAGAGCUUCAUUCGAAAACCAAUCCUUAAAUACCACAUGAUAAGUCACAGUGGAGAGAAACCUUACACAUGUCCCCAAUGUGGAAAAAGUUUUACAUGUAAACAACACCUCACUGACCACAAGAGGAUUCAUACUGGAGAGAAACCUUUCACCUGCCAACAGUGUGGGAAAAGAUUCAACAGAAAAGGAACCCUUAACAACCACAUAAGAGUUCACACUGGAGAGAAACCUUUCACCUGCAAACAAUGUGGAAAAAGUUUCAAAAGAAAAGUAUCCCUUAACAACCACAUAAGAGUUCACAUUGGAGAGAAACCUAUCACGCUCUAAACGUGGAACCACAAUCUGUUAAUUAUCUUGAGUGAGAUGUAUGAUCACAAUCAACGUCUGAUGCGAUGGGCAAUUGUGCAACCAUAUAACGUAGAGAUCCAUUACAAGAAAGGAUCUGAGAAUGUAGUGGCCGAUGUGUCGCGGGUUUAGGUCUAUAUAUUUUCAGAAUCAGUUUAUCCCGGACGAGCCCCCAAUUUAUGUUACAACCCUGUUUAGGGACCAACAUAAGAAAGUCAUUCUGAAAGGCAACAAACACCACAUUGGCCGGGGCAAAAAGUUAAAGAUUUAUUAUACAAGUGAAUUAAUAUAAAACAACAAAAAGUGUAUUUAAACAAAUCCUAAAUAAGGACUGGUGAGCUAACUAAUUUAAACCACUACUAACUCAAGCAUCAAAAAAACUUCCUAUCUCCCAAGGAAGAAAUAAAACACAGCAAAAGUCUUCCGGGUCAGCUCACUUGCCCAAUUGUUUAUUAUUGGAUCAAAACUCACGUAUCAGCAGGCUACUGAUCAAGGACAGAGAUAGACAGACAUAGACUAACGCAACAUAGAACCAAACAACAUUCAAACACAGCUGAGCAGCAGCUGGCAGAAACAUCAUGAUGCUCACAGGACUCCUCGUCAGUCAUCGCAAGUCCUUCUCCCCCAGUGUAUGUCAGGCUCUUCACAGAGCUAAAACACAGGAUCACAACGAUCAUGCCGCUGUGGAAGUUACGUGCUCUUCUCUCUUCACUCUGAUGUUAUAUAGGCUAUCCAGCCUAGUUACUAAACCGGCUGCAGGUGUGCAGGGGCGGAGCCUAUUAAGAAAGAGAGAACUGGAUCAAUGAAAGAGAUGCACACAAAUAAACAAGUAAAUAACUCUGGCUGUAACAAUAUAUUUGUUAUGUAUGAUGCUAUUAUUCACUGAGGUUUGGUUCAUUUUUGUGAGAUGACAGAAAGUACAUAUUGUAUGUUUUUUGUUGUUGUUUGUUUUUUAAAUGUAUUUUAUUUUACAAAAGCAAAAGUGCACUCAAAUAAAAGUAGAUCCUUUACUGUA